GGUUGCUAUUUUGAUUUGAGGCAUCCAGACUAAGGGAAGCGGAGUGUACACAAUGAAGGAGGGGCAACCACACGGAAAUGACGCAAGAGGCCGCCAUGCCUUUUGAGGGCGGCGACGGCGCCUGGCCGGCCAUGCUGGCUACGGGCACGGCUCGGAUGGCGUCUGGGCGGCCGGAGGAACUGUGGGAAGCCGUCGUGGGGGCCGCCGAGCGCUUCCGGGCCCGCACUGGCACUGAGCUGGUGUUACUGACUGCAGCGCCGCCCCCGCCGCCCCGCCCGGGGCCCUGUGCCUAUGCCGCCCAUGGCCGCGGGGCCCUGGCAGAGGCUGCCCGCCGCUGCCUCCACGACAUCGCACAGGCGCACAGAGCUGCCACUGCCACGCGACCUCCCGGUCCUCCACCAGCACCACAGCCGCCUAGCCCGGCUCCCAGCCCUCCACUUAGGCCAGCCUUGGCCAGAGAGGAUGAGGAAGAUGAGGACGAUCCCACUGAGACAGAGACUUCCGGGGAGCGGCUGGGCGGAAGUGACAAUGGAGGACUCUUCAUGAUGGAUGAGGAUGCCACCCUCCAGGACCUGCCCCCCUUCUGCGAGUCAGACCCGGAGAGCACAGAUGACGGCAGCCUGAGUGAGGAGACCCCCGCCGGGCCCCCAGCCUGUCCCAAGCCCCCAGCCACAGCCCUGCCUGCCCAGCAGUAUGCCAAGUCUCUGCCUGUGUCCGUGCCAGUGUGGGCCUUCAAGGAGAAGAGGACAGAAGCCCGUUCCUCAGAUGAGGAGAAUGGCCCGCCCUCCUCGCCUGACCUAGACCGAAUAGCAGCUAGCAUGCGCGCGCUGGUGCUGCGAGAGGCCGAGGACACCCAGGUCUUCGGGGACCUGCCGCGACCGCGGCUCAAUACCAGCGACUUCCAGAAGCUGAAGCGAAAAUACUGAGCGCGCAGAACGCCGAGUG